GCCAAGCCACAGCAGGCCACAGAGAUCACCGCCAUGUCCUCCGGCUCGUCGACACGCAGCGGGCUGCAGGCGGAGGCGUGGAGCAUGGAGGAGAACAAGCGGUUCGAGGUGGCGCUGGCGCGGUACGGGGAAGGCACCCCCGACCGCUGGGCCCGCGUCGCCAGGGCCGUCGGCGGUGGGAAAUCCAUCGACCAAGUGGUCCGCCACUACGAGCGCCUCCUCAGCGACAUCCAGCUCAUCGAGUCGGCGGCUGAGCCGUUCUACCACUAUCCCACCACCCACAAUGCCCGCCGCCGAGGCGCCGCCGCGGCAGACCAGGAGCAAAGGCUCAGGUUCUUGAAGCUCUACUAGAAGUAUAAGCAAAACCUGGUCAAUAUAAGUAGCAGCUGCCUGUGUCUGUAGUAGUAAACAAGAUUGGUCUUUCAGUAUGUAUGUAUAUAUGCUGUGCUUGCUCUGAUGGA